AUGGAUGCCCUUCCGACACUUAACUUUCAACUCCCUUUCACUGUAUUCCUUGUGUAUAGUAUUGCUCUGCGCGACAUGCCUCUGUGGCGCAAGCUGGCCAUCGUCGCCGCGGUUGACGGUCUAGUCCUUCAUGCGGGCGGCAACGGACCGCGCAAUAAUGGCAGCAACAAUGACGCCUCCUCCAUUCGCAUUGACUACAAGACGAACAAAAUCACCGCUCUGCCCGCAUCUGCCUCGGAAUCCCUCGGAAGAGACGCCCUAGAAGCCUACGGUCUCGUGGGUCUUCUAUCUGUCGCUUCAUACUCAUUCCUGGUCUCCAUCACCCAGCGACAGGAGGUAGCGAACAUCCAAGGCCGUCCAAUUUACGCAGUGACAAAGGUCGCAAUCAUUCCCGUCUCAUCGCAAGAAGAUGCCGGCCGCGCAAUCUCCCAGGCCAGGAAGGACACUUCCCAGGAAGAUGUGAAUAUGGACCCAUCUUCCGACGAGGAUGACGUCCCCGAUAAUGAAACAGACAGAGCGGAAGCCGAGGCAGAGAUCGCGAGCGUGCCCGCAUCCCCCACACGCACGACCCAACAUGUUCGUGGAAUCAGCGUCGGCAGUAUAGCAGAAGAUGUGAUUGGAAAAAGAGUCCGCUUCGGCCGAUUCGCAGCCAACUGGCUGUCGCGCAAAAACCUGGGCUUGCCCCAACCAGGGGCUCUGGGACAGGACAUGCCAGAGUCCCCGGUUGAGGAAGCUCCCAUCUCGUCGGAUGAAGAUACUGACAUGAAGGAUGAGGCUGCCAAAGAAACUCCAGCCAGCCAGGCGAAGACUCAAGGCGAAGAACAGCCCAAGUCUGCCCAGGCUGCGGAUCUGCUGCCGAAGCUUCUCCGCUACACAAAGCUACUAUUUGCAUCGCAUAAUUUCUUCUUUGCAUAUGAUUAUGAUCUUACGCGUUCUUUAAAUACCCAGGAAGCUCGUAAAGAUCAGCUUCCACUCCACAAAGUCGUGGAUCCAUCAUAUUUCUGGAACAGACAUUUGAUGCAUACUUUCAUUGAUGACGGUGCACAUGGAUUUGUUCUCCCUUUAAUUCAGGGCUUUGUGGGCCAACGUGAAUUCACGAUCGCUAGCGCUACCCCGAAGCCAUCUGGGAAAUCUCCAGAGGAACUCGCCCGAGGUCGGGUCCUCGGCGAAAUAAACGAGGUCGAAAAUGCCUCGACCGACCCCGGCAAACAUAACUAUCUUCUGACCCUCAUUUCUCGACGUUCUGUCCACCGGCCUGGUCUUCGUUACUUGCGCCGUGGUGUUGACGAUGAAGGCAAUACGGCCAACACCGUUGAGACUGAACAGAUUCUCUCUGUGCCAGACUGGAGUCCCUCUCACGCUGCCUAUUCAUACCUGCAGGUCAGGGGGUCUAUUCCUCUGUACUUCUCGCAGUCACCAUACGCGUUGAAGCCAAUUCCUGUGCUUCAUCACGCUGCAGAUACGAAUCUUCUUGCUUUUAGCAGACACUUCCGAGACAUGAGUCGUCGGUAUGGGAAGAUUCAAGCCGUAUCUCUCAUUGAUAAAUUGGCCGGGGAGCUGAAGCUGGGGGAGCAAUAUGAAAGAUAUACCGAGUCGUUCAACGAAGCUGGUGGUAUUGAUGGCACACCACUGCAGCUGGAAUGGUUCGAAUUCCACCGCGAAUGCCGAGGAAUGAAAUUCGAAAACGUUUCUCGCCUCGUCGACCGCCUGAAAGAUACACUAAAUGAGUUCUGCUACACCAUUGUUGCAAACAACGAGGUUUUACAGACACAGAAGGGCAUUAUUAGAACCAACUGCAUGGACUGUCUUGACCGCACUGGCGUUGCACAGUGUGCUUUCGGGCAAUGGGCUCUUGAACGUCAGCUCGAGAACGAGGGCAUAGAUAUCGACCUUGGCGGUGAUUCUUCCACACAAUGGUUCAACACUCUCUGGGCCGACAACGGAGAUGCUAUCUCCAAACAAUACUCAUCCACUGCUGCUUUGAAGGGCGAUUAUACUCGUACUCGCAAACGUGACUACAGAGGUGCCCUGAACGACCUGGGUCUUACCCUCUCCCGAUAUUACAACAACAUAGUCAACGACUUCUUCUCCCAGGCUUGUAUCGACUAUCUCGUGGGCAAUGUGUCGACUCAGGUCUUCGACGAAUUUGCCAUCCAGCUUCAGACGACUGAUCCUGGCAUCUCGGUCCAGAAACUCCGCCAGAAUGCCAUCGACACAAGCUGCAAGAUUGUCAUCAGCAGCCCCUCUGAAGAAUUCCUCGGUGGCUGGACAAUGCUCACACCCCGCCAGCCAAACACACUUCGUACAUUGCCUUUCGAGGAAUCCGUCCUCCUCCUCACAGAUGCAGCGGUGUAUAGUUGUCGAUUUGACUGGGAGACAGACAAGGUUCUUUCAUUCGAACGUAUUGAUCUUCGCUCUGUCUCUCGCAUCCACUACGGCACAUAUGUCACUUCCAUUCUCACAGACAGCCAAGCCAACGAGGCAAGCAAUGUCGGUCUCGUCCUCGUGUAUCGCGAUGGCGACAUCAACACUUUACGUGUGAAUACGCGCUCACUCCAAAGUGAUGUCGAUCUAAGCACACUGGAGACCACAGCCAGCGCAAACAGUGAAUGGGAUCUUGUUUCCUGGCUGCGUGGAAGCAAGCCAUCCACGACCCGUUUCAUGGCCUUCAAGGGUCUUCCAUUGUCCAAUUCCACAGCCAGUCCGAAGUUAGGUCCCACCGGUGGGAACUUCAGGGAAAUGGAUCGCGUACGCUCUAUCUGCUUGGAUAUCGAGCGCGCUAUGCUGGCAGGCCAUGGUCGUGGUGGCGAUGCUCCGUCUCUGGUUGAGCAGUCCGAUAUUAUUUCUUUGGCCGAUGCUAAGAAGCGGACUGGAUGGUUGGAGUAUCUAGUUUAUGACAUCAAGAAGAUGGCUUACAUGACCAUCUGCCACUGUUACUUCGCCACAUCCUACCUUCACUCUCGCCUUCAAGUGCCUACACCCCUCAGUGCUCUGGUGAUCUCCGCCGGUUGUCUCUUUACGACCUCCCUGCCCUAUUUCCUUCUCUCCCAAUUCUCCGCGCUCGCUUUUGCGGAACCUCUCAAGUGGUCCGGCAAUUUUGGUGGACACUCUGAUCACCGAUCUGGGGAAACCAAAGGGGUCCCGUUCCCACAAUCUCGGCGGGGCUUUUGUGCCACUUGCACUUUCGACUUUCACUGUCGCAGAUCCUCACAGCGCGAUAAGAUGGAUUGGCAGCCCGAAGAGGAGGCAUUGAGCAAUCUAGCUCGCUUCCUACGCGACUCGCUCGCCGGUGGAAACAAUCCCGCCCGAGCUAAAGCUGAGCAGAUGCUCGCACAGGCGACUUCCUCGCCCGACUACAUCAAUUACAUUACAUACAUCUUCUCCCACCCCCAAUCACCUCCUUCGGCAGGCAUUCACGUCAAUGAAUACCCUACCGUCAGAUUUGCCGCUGGCACAAAUGUCAAGACCAAGAUCUCACUGGCCUAUAGCAUGAUCACCCCGCAGAGCCUGGCCUACGUGAAGACCGCAGCUCUGCACACCUUGCGCGACGUCGACCGUAACGUUUCAAGAACCGCAGGAAGCAUCAUCACCGAACUGGUCACCCGCGGAGGCUUGCUCGCAUGGCCGGAAAUCGUGAAUGAGCUCCUGUGUCUCGUCGGCAAUGCCGCUGGUAACGUCCCCAUGCCGGUUCGAGAAUCUGCAAUGGAUGCUCUUCUGAAGGUCUGCGAGGAUAACCGUCGGGUUCUGGACAGAGAUUACUCGGGACAGCGUCCUCUUGAUACCAUCAUCCCCAGUCUCCUACAGUUCGCUUCGAUCGAGAGCUCCAAAAUCCGGUCCGCUGCUCUUACCACCAUCCUCAUUUUCCUGCCCUACGGACCCCAGGCCCUGAUGUCAUCGCUUGACCAGUUCCUUUCAACAUUAUUUAGUCUUUCCAGCGAUGCAAACCCCGUUGUCCGCCAGAUGGUGUGUCAAUCAUUCUCCCAGCUCGUGGAGUUCGCGCCAGAGAAGUUGGCGCCCCACAUGGAAGGGUUGGUAAACUAUAUCAUCAUGCAGCAGCAAUCUCAGGACGACCCAGAGCUUGCGCUAGACGCAGCCGAAUUCUGGAUCGGAGCGGGAGAACAAGUUCGCCUGAAGGACGACUUGGCGCCGUUUAUGCCUAAGAUCAUCCCGGUCCUCCUUCAAAACAUGAUCUACGACGAGGAGGAAGUUGCUCGAUUGAUGGAAGAGCAGGAUGAUGCCGAAACUGAAGAUCGCGCCGAGGAUCUUCGUCCCCAAUUCGCCAAGUCCAAGGGUGAUCGUCUGAACACCUCGCGCCCCGGAGACCAAGCAAAUGCCCCGCAAGAGCAACAGACAGAGGAUGACUCAGAUCUCAGUGAUGGCGAGAUUGAAGACUCAGAAUUCGGAGAUGACCCUUCAGGCAACUGGACCUUGCGAAAGUGCUCCGCUGCCGCACUUGACGUUUUCUCCAAUGUGUACCACCGCCCUGUCUUCGAGAUCCUUCUGCCGUAUCUCAUGGAAACCUUGCGUCAUGAUCAGUGGCCUAACCGCGAGGCCGCCGUUCUCACCCUCGGUGCCGUGGCCGAUGGCUGCAUGGAUGCAGUCACUCCUCACCUUCCCCAACUUGUACCUUAUCUGAUCUCCCUUCUCAGCGACGCACAGCCCGUCGUCCGUCAAAUCACAUGUUGGUGUCUGGCCCGCUACUCCGGCUGGGCUGCGCACCUCCGCGAUCCGGCUCAAAAAGCGCAAUUCUUCGAGCCCAUGAUGGAGGGCAUCCUUCACCGCAUGCUUGAUAACAACAAGAAGGUCCAAGAAGCCGCCGCUUCGGCUUUCGCCAGCUUGGAGGAGAAGGCUGAUGAAAAUCUGGUGCCCUACUGCGAGCCGAUUUUGCGCCAGUUCGUUGCGUGCUUCGGAAAGUACAAGGACCGCAACAUGUACAUCCUGUAUGAUUGUGUGCAAACACUCGCCGAGUGUGUGAUGAGCGAGUUGGCCAAGCCUCAGCUGGUUGAGAUUUUGAUGCCUGCUCUCAUCGGUCGUUACAAUUCCGUCACCGAUGAUUCCCGAGAGCUCUUCCCCUUGCUAGAGUGCCUUGGAUACGUAGCUGCUGCCUACGGUGAUGUCUUUGCUCAGUUCGCCCCUCACCUCUUCUCUCGCUGCCGGACUAUCAUCUACGAUAACUUGAGGGCCUCCGUGCAAUCAGCUAGCAACGAUGCCUUCGACGAGCCUGAUAAGGAUUUCCUCGUCACCAGCAUUGAUCUCCUGAGUGCGAUCAUCCAGGCCAUCGACCCGGAGAAGAGCAGCGAGCUUGUUGCCACCUCAAAACCGCCUUUCUUCGAACUCCUCUGCUACUGCAUGGAGGACGUCAACUACGAAGUUCGCCAGUCUACCUAUGCACUGCUUGGCGAUUGCGCGAUCAGCAUCUUCCCACAGCUCAAGCCUUUCAUUCCCAGCAUUGUCCCCAUCCUGAUCAAGCAGCUCGACCUGGACUUGAUCCGCGACGACGAUCGCCACACCGGAUUCAGCGUUCUGAACAACGCCUGCUGGUCGUUGGGUGAAAUCGCCGUCCAUGAAAACUCCGAGUUGAACUCCUACGUGGAGCAGCUAUACCAAGGCCUGAUCACCAUCAUCACCAACGAGGAGAUCAUCGACUCGGUGAACGAGAACGCCGCCAUUGCCCUGGGCCGUCUUGGAUUCUGCUGCGCGGAGCAGAUUGCCUCCCACCUCGGCGAGUUCUCUGGUGCAUUCCUCAAGUCCAUGGACAAGGUUGACUUCACACGAGAGAAGGCUUCCGCCUUCCUGGGCUUCAACCAAAUCGUCAUGAAGAACCCCCAGGCCAUGGAAUCGAGCUUGCUCGACUACUUCACCGCCAUUGCCUCCUUCCCUGCUCGCUCCCUGGCCCAAGAAGAGUACCGAGACAUCCAGGUCUCGUUCCAACAGGUCCUCCAGGGAUACAAGGCCCUGAUUCCCAACUUCGGGGACUUCCUCGGCCAGCUGCCUCCAGCUGUGGCGCAGACUCUGCGCACGGUCUACCAGAUCUAA